GUUGUGUGCAGGAAUCGGAGGGAGAGCCUUGAUGGUGCAGCAAGGGAGAGGUUUCUCCGCAACAUUCAAUGUGUUGUGGAGAAAGACGUUGUUCGUACGGAUCGUAGCAAUCCUUACUACGCAGGGGAGAGCAAUCCUCAUGUACAGACCAUGAUGAGGAUCCUGCUGAACUAUGCCAUCUACAAUUCCACACUGGGCUACACCCAGGGUAUGUCAGACCUACUGGCCCCCAUACUGGCAGAGAUAGAAACGGAAGCUGAUGUGUUCUGGUGCUUUGUAGGCCUAAUGCAGCGUGGCAUGUUCGUCUGCACACCCACUGACUCUGAUAUGGAGCGGAAUCUGAACUACCUGCGGGAGUUGAUAAGAGAAAUGGUGCCACAGUUCUACGCCCACCUCCAGAAACACACGGAUGCCAUGGAGCUGCUCUUCUGUCACCGUUGGAUCCUGUUGUGUUUUAAACGGGAAUUCCCCGAGCCUGUUGCCCUCCGCAUGUGGGAAGCCUGUUGGUCUAACUAUCUCACAGACUAUUUCCACCUUUUUCUCUGUGUGGCAAUAGUAUCUGCAUACGCAGAGGAUGUGAUUGCACAGGGUCUGCGGACUGACGAGAUGCUGCUCCACUUCAGUUCCCUGGCAAUGUUCAUGGAUGGUGACCUCAUCCUGAGAAAGGCUCGAGGGCUCCUGUAUAAGUUUCGGGAACGACCAAUUAUCCCAUGUACUCUUGUCGGAUUGUGUCAGUUGUGUGGACCUGGGAUGUGGGAUUCCCACGCACCCACUGUCAUCUGCCGAGGCACUCAAGGCUGUCCGCAGGAUCCCUGCCCAUAUCGGGGAAUAAGCAACCCUUCAUAGCCUCUGGGGAUGAAGGGCUCAGCAAACAUAUCACACAAUCAUCUGCCUUCCAGACAAGAAGGAAGUUGGACUACAUCAUAUUGUUACUUCCAACAAAGUUUGGCUGUUCAUCUCUUAUUGUGCUUUAAAAUAGUUUUUCGAAUAAGAUCAGACCACUACUUACACACCUCAGUGUAUAUCUCACCAAAGAACCAACCCCAACCAAUGCUCCUAGAUACCUGCGUAUUCAGUAUUAAAUCUAGCCAAUAAUCUUAGAAUAUAGAUAUUUCUCAGGAAAUAAAUAAACAGUUUGUAGGACAUUAGCAAUUGUUAUAAAUUUUAAAAGAUUACGUUCAUGUUACAUUUUUAAUCAUUGUUGACCACCAAAUUUUUUUAGUUGUAUAAAGUAUUGUUUUUAGUGCUUGUUACGUUGUGAAUUCUCCGUAAUCAUUUUAGAAUAUUUCUUUUAUAAAGAUACACUAUACUUGAUACAGUAACUGUAAAUAGUGACUGAAGUAGUUGUUAGAAAGUGAUCUAAUUAAGUUUUUAUGUUCUGACUUUGUAACUUAUAAAUAUGCUUUUAGGUUUUUAAAUCUAGAAACAAUGUUGCACUAUUGUUUAAGAUUUUAAAUAAGUAGAGACAGUGCUCGAUUCGAAGUGGAAUGCACUGGAAUGGCAUUGUAGUACCUCUUUCUUAAAAAUAAUAAAUUUUUGUUUGUACAAAAAACUUUCCUGUACACAGUAGAAAUCCACAAAAACAUUGUUUAAAGACCUCAAAUGUUCCAAAUUUUGUCCUCCAUUUCUUCUAGCAGGUAUUCCAUGUACUCAGUAUCCAGAGAGGUUACAUUUCCACUACCUCUAGUUCUAGAAAUCGAGCACUAGGUACAGUACUAGAUUAAAGUAAUAUUAGUUACCAUAUAUAAUAAGAUGUAGUAUAUACAUUAUCACUGCUUUUCUUGGGCAGUCAAAAAAUAAUAUAACUUAUUGAAAAA